AUGAAGACCUUCGCCAUCUCCUUCCUCCUCGCCACGGCCUCCAGCCUCGCCGUCGCUUCAUCCCUCUGUCCCGAGAACAACACCCCUAAGUGCUGCAAUGUCGAUGCCUCGGGCCUAUUUCAUUCGAGCUGUGGAGAACUUGACACAACCCCUACCAGCAUAGCCGAGUUCAACUCCAUUUGUGAAAAAGAGCAGAAGAAGGCUCGGUGUUGUCAAAAUGCUAUGGUUAUUCAGGAGGAUAUCUGUACUCCGGUGAUAGGUGCUUAA